GCUCUCUCUCUCUCUCUCUCUGAAUGGGUGUGGCCGAGCUGAGUGCGUGUGUUUGGGCGCGCGGGCGCGACACGCCGCUCCAGUGAAACGGAACGUUCUAAUUAGAGCUUAAUUGAGAUCCGCGCGCGUGUCUCUCCGUAUUUCCGAAAUGCCGCGGCUCGUAGCCCCGUAAGUAACGGCUAGCGACUGCGCUGUAGCCGUGUGUCCGCAGUGGGUGGUCGGGCCGCUGGAUGGACGAGUACCGCGCGCGCCCUGCCUUCUCGCCUCUGCUGGAGCCUCUCGGCGCUUUUUUUGGCGUUGAUCGCAGAAGGAAGACAGCGUGGAGGACUGUCGCUUCCUAUAUUCGUGUCAUUUCUUCGGCGAGGACUACAGGAGGAGGCACGCGGGAGCCGCCGAUCGGUGUGUUGGACCGCGGCACACGGGCCUCGGAGCGCGGGUGGGGUGUGCUGGGAUCGCGCCCCGAACAGGAGCAGCACAUCGCUGAUGGUCGGAGGUACCGCUGAGGAGCGUAGUCCGGCCGAAUGGUCCUUCUGAACGCGCGCGAACGAAGUGAAAGCAGCGUGCGGUCCCCAGCAAAGCCGGCCUCGCGCUUCUGCCUUCCCUCAUCUCUUAUACUAAACGGCACGGAUCGUUCUCUAUCCGCAAACAGAGGAACAAGUGGGUGGUGUGAUGACCGCCUGCGCGUCCCUCUUGACCCCCCAGGUUGCCUCUUUCCCAACCCGGUGCACGAUGAGCGAACUGGAGCAGCUGCGGCAGGAGGCCGAGCAGCUGAGGAACCAGAUUCGGGAUGCCAGGAAGGCAUGUGGAGACUCGACACUCACGCAGAUAACUGCGGGCCUGGACCCUUUGGGCCGGAUCCAGAUGCGCACACGCCGCACCCUCCGCGGCCACCUAGCCAAGAUCUAUGCCAUGCACUGGAACUUGGAGUCAAGGCUGCUGGUUAGUGCGUCCCAGGAUGGGAAGCUUAUCAUCUGGGACAGUUACACCACCAACAAGAUGCAUGCCAUUCCGCUACGCUCCUCCUGGGUGAUGACAUGUGCGUAUGCCCCCUCGGGGAACUUUGUCGCCUGUGGAGGCCUGGACAACAUCUGUUCCAUCUACAGUCUCAAGACACGGGAGGGCAACGUGCGCGUCACCAGGGAGCUCGCGGGACACACAGGUUACUUGUCAUGCUGCCGCUUCAUUGACGACAAUCAGAUCAUCACGAGCUCAGGAGACACAACCUGUGCAUUGUGGGAUGUUGAGACGGGACAGCAGACCACUGUGUUCUCGGGCCACAGCGGAGAUGUCAUGAGCCUGUCGCUGUCGCCAGACUCGCGUACCUUUGUGUCGGGAGCCUGUGACGCCUCCACCAAGCUGUGGGACAUCCGGGACAGCAUGUGCCGCCAGACGUUCACAGGCCACGAGUCUGACAUCAACGCCGUCUGUUUCUUCCCCAACGGCACCGCCUUCGCCACGGGUUCGGAUGACGCCACCUGCAGGCUUUUUGACCUGCGGGCCGAUCAGGAGCUGAGCCUCUAUUCCCAUGACAACAUCAUCUGCGGUAUCACCUCGGUGGCCUUUUCCCGCUCGGGACGCCUGCUGCUCGCCGGGUACGAUGACUUCAACUGUAACAUCUGGGAUGCCAUGAAGGGUGACCGUGCAGGAGUGCUUGCAGGCCACGACAAUCGUGUGAGCUGCCUGGGUGUGACAAACGACGGCAUGGCUGUGUGCACAGGCUCCUGGGACAGCUUCCUGAAGAUCUGGAACUGAGGAAGGAGCAAGGACAGUGUGCGCACAGACACACUCGGUGUACAUAGCAUGUGGUUGGAAAGAGGCACCCUGUAAACAUGUAUGCAGCAACUGGCUUUGUACAUAAUACACACUUUAUACACUUUCGCAGUGACAUGUACAUAAUGCAUCACUUGUACACACACAAGGUGCUGUGAAAGGAGGAAGGGAUAGGAAAUGCACACUGCAUUUACAGGUGUGCGGGUAUCCCACCCAUAGCCAGUGUUGCAGUUUUUUUUUUGGGGGGGGGGGGUGAUAAUGGUAGCAUGUGCAGAAGGACCCCUUUAAAGUCAGAUAUUCAAAGAAUUGACUUUUCCAUUUAUUUCUUAUUUUUACACCCUACGUGACUUCUUUCAGCCCCAUCUCUGUACAAUUGGGGCUUUUGCUGGGUUGUAAAUGCAAAGUUGUCCAAUGGGAAGGGCCAAAGUUGUGUUCAAGAGGGAAGGGCAGCGCAGUCUUUUUCACUCCUAUAGGGAUGUUCCACUUUGGGGCUCUUUUUCAGUGGAUGCGUCAGAUAAUUUUCAAUGAAUAAGAAGCUGUACACAAAACAGGUUUUAAGGAAGGAAUAAAUGACAAAUGCAUAGGAA